CUAACCCAAAAGUAAACGUGAACCGUAUGCAAAACUGCAUAAGUGAGCCCACCACCCAGGCACAUCCCGUUUUCCAAUAGUAGCAGCCCACGUCAACAAAACUCCACGUGGAACAAUAUAAUUCGUAGACUCCAUGAGUCACACGUGGCGAGCCCCAAACUUGAAUUUAAUUAGCCCAGGGGCCAGGGAGAAAGAUGCACAUUCUUCAGUUGCUGGAUCGACGACAAGACACGAAUUGCCACUUCAAUCGAAAAAUUAGCCGGAGCUCCGGCACCGCAUAGAAGCUUUAACCGUGGCUCCCCCCGCUCCGCCGCAGCACCAACACAGCAACCUCACCCGCAGGAAAUCCGCACCGGCGUCCGCCUUCUCCGCUGCGUCUUCAUCGGGUUCCACCCGAAUAGUCUACCGAGAGUCCGUUGGCCGCUCAUCCGAUCCGGAUCUGAGCCUUCCCUUUUGGCAGAAGACUUGGUUCAUUGUGCUGUUGCUAGUGAUGGCCGUCUCCUUCUUCGGUCUCGCGAUAUUCCUGCUUCUGACGCUCGACUCCGAUUAUGGUUCGACUCCGGUUUCCGCCGCCUCCGAGGGCGUUCAGAUAACAUAUGGUUCAGUCAUCAAGCUGAUGCAUGAGAGGACAAAAUUCAGGCUGCACUCGCAUGAUGUUCCUUACGGCUCUGGCAGUGGGCAGCAGUCUGUCACUGGUUUUCCUAAUGUUGAUGAUGCCAAUAGCUACUGGAUUGUCAGGCCUAUACAAGAUUCAUCUGCAAAGCAAGGAGACUCAAUCAAAAGUGGAAGCCUUAUUAGAUUGCAACAUAUGAAAACUAGGAAGUGGCUGCACAGCCACUUACAUGCCUCGCCAAUAUCAGGCAAUAUGGAGGUCAGUUGCUUUGGCAGUGAAGGGGAGUCCGACACUGGGGAUCACUGGAGUGUUGAAAUUGAGGGAAGUGGUAAGACAUGGAGGCAAGAUCAGAGGGUAAGGCUUCGGCAUGUAGAUACCGGUGGGUACCUUCAUAGCCAUGACAAGAAAUACCAACGCAUAGCUGGGGGUCAGCAAGAGGUUUGUGGCGUUCGUGACAAGAAACCUGAUAAUAUUUGGUUAGCAGCAGAGGGUAUUUAUCUUCCCGUUGCUGAGACCAAGUGAAAGCUCCCGUAGUCGUAUGCAAUUUUUACAAUUAAUGACUAAUCAUAGUUCACCGCUUUCUGUUUAUUUACUAGGGACUUUCUCUCCCCCUCCUCCUAUAUUACUUCAACUGUCGUUAUGGAACACAGUUGCAUGUGAACAUCGCAAAAGUUUUGAAAAUAGUUUCAUGUAAUUUCCUCACACCGAAUGUACUAGACUUCACUCAAUUCCACAACUUAAAUCUUGUGACGUUGCGGGUGUCAUUAAAUCGAAACGACACAAUAUUGUACCCGACUCUUAUUCGGCUAUAAAUUCUGAUUCCUAUUCGGUUUGAAA